UGGCAUCAAUGUCACUUUUUAGAGAUCAAUGAGAUAGUGCAGAUAUACAGAGAUCUAGACUCCAGGAGACGAUGCGACAUUCAGACUGAAAAGAUUUGGAAGGCAAAAAAUGAAAACUGAUUGUUGAAUGAAAUAAAAAGCUAAGGCUGGAUUCUGAGCACACGUGCAGGAUUGCAGUCAGAAUCUACAGACCGCUCCUGUCAGCUACAAGCUGGAGGGAGACGUCUGAGCCUCGCAGAAUAUAAACACUGCUAUAGCGUGCAGGGAUUUUUUCACCUCCCCCCCAAUCACAAUUGAUAGGGGAGGAAAAAAUAAAAAAAAAAAAAAAAAAGAAAAAGAGGAAAAAACCAAAUAAGUUGAUUCUAACCAAAGAGAUAGUAUCAAUUAGAAUUUUUGCUGGGAAAAAAGGAAAAAAAAAGGUAACUUAAGAUUAUAGAACCAUGUUAACACUACCGUUUGAUGAGUCUGUUGUAAUGCCAGAAUCCCAGAUGUGCAGAAAGUUUUCCAGAGAAAGUGAUGACCAAAAGCAAAUGAAGAACCCAGAAAGCUUUUCGAAGCAGAUCGUGCUCCGGGGAAAGAAUAUUAAAAGAUCUCCUGGAGAAGACACGGAAAAAGAGGAGGAGGAGGAAGAGAGAGAAGAGGAGGAUGAGAAUGGCUUGCCUAGGCGAAGGGGCCUUCGGAAAAAAAAGACGAGCAAGAUAAGGAUGGAAAGGAUCAAAUUCAGGCGACAAGAAGCCAACGCCAGAGAGAGGAACCGGAUGCACGGCCUUAACGACGCCCUGGACAAUUUAAGGAAAGUGGUCCCUUGUUAUUCUAAAACACAAAAACUGUCCAAAAUAGAAACUCUAAGACUAGCCAAGAACUACAUUUGGGCUCUUUCUGAAAUCCUGCGAAUUGGCAAGAGACCCGACCUGCUCACCUUCGUCCAAAACUUGUGCAAGGGUCUGUCCCAGCCAACUACAAACUUGGUGGCGGGAUGCCUGCAGCUGAAUGCCAGAAGUUUCCUGAUGGGCCAAGCGGGCGAAGGUGCCCAUCACACCCGCUCGCCCUACUCCACCUUCUACCCCCCCUACCACAGCCCCGAGCUCGGCACCCCCCCGGGGCACGGGACUCUCGACAACUCCAAGUCCAUGAAACCUUACAAUUACUGCAGCGCUUACGAGUCCUUCUAUGAAAGCACUUCCCCCGAGUGCGCCAGCCCACAGUUUGAAGGUCCCUUAAGUCCUCCCGCAAUUAACUAUAAUGGGAUAUUUUCCCUGAAGCAAGAAGAAAGCUUGGACUAUGGCAAAAAUUACAAUUACGGCAUGCAUUACUGUGCAGUGCCACCCAGGGGUCCCCUUGGGCAGAGCUCUAUGUUCAGGUUGCCUACAGAGAGCCACUUCCCUUACGACUUACAUCUGCGCAGCCAGUCUCUCACCAUGCAAGAUGAAUUAAAUGCAGUUUUUCAUAAUUAAUGAGGAAAAUGAAAAUAAACAGUGGUCAUUCACCUCCCCGUCUAAUUAAGAGCAAGCAGAUGCUUGGGCACUGCGUAAUUGGCACAACUCUAUUUAACGUGUUUACUAGUUCCUAAAGUGUGUUUCAACUAUUGUGGGGAUUUUCUAUGUAUUAAUAAAUCCUUUUUCCGAUAAGUAUUUUUCCUUUUGUUUUUUUGUCUGUAAACACUGUGAGAUUCUGUUUCCUCUCAGAGGUUAUUUCCCCCCUCCUUUAUUUUUUUUUUCUUUUUUUUCUUUUUAUUUCCCCAUUUGCUUGAUUCCGUUGAGCAGUGUGUCUGAACAAUAUCGCUGAAAUAAAAGCAUACACACUGUGUAAAGUCAAUGUCUAUUUUGAUUGUACAGUAAUUAUACAAAUGCAUGUUAUUGAAACCAGAUUAAUAAAAAUUAUGUAUUUAUAAUUGGUAGAAAAUAUAUAUUAUGUAUUUGAGGAGAACUGGAUUAAAAAUAUUGAGAACUUUAAAGAAAUUAUCUCAGAACUGAGAUGGGCUUGCAAUAUGCAGAGGUGAGAGUGCAGCAAUAUUGAAAGCUAUGCAAAAAAAAAAAAAAGGCAAACAGAAAAACAAAACAGUUUUUUGGGUUGUUGUUUUGGAGUAAGCUAAGGAAAGCCAGUGAUUGUCACUGACAUUAUUCAGCCUGACCUUUAGAGUGUUGCUGGCAGGGGCCACACGCUAAUAUUUUAGAAGAUGUUGUCGAAAUUUUGCCUCAGUUAUUUUGACCAUAUAUUAUCAGCACUUUUUUUUUGUAUUAUUCUGACUUCAGAUGUAAAGGUUUGUUAUAACAAUGUAUAACUGUGGUUUCUCACUACGUACUUUAAAUGCAAUUAAACAUAGAUGUUUCCACUUUUAAAAUACAUCUAUUAGCUGUGAUACU